UACAUGAGCGGCCCCUUCGCCCCUGUGGAGGGAGAGGCGUACGAGGCUGAGAUGGAGGUGGUGGAAGGCGCCGUGCCGCCCGACCUCGUCGGCGCUUUUGUGCGCACAGGCCCCAACCCCAAGCUCCCGCCCCUGGGCGGCUACCACUGGUUUGACGGCGACGGGCAGGUGCAUGCCGUGCGCUUCCACGGCGGCGGGCGGGCCAGCUACGGCAGCCGCUGGGUGCGCACCGCCAGGCUGGAGCAGGAGGAGCGCAUCGGGGUGCCGCUGGGCGUCAAGAUCGGCGACUUGCACGGCUGGUCUGGGCUGGGCCACCUGGCGCUGGGCAAGGCGGCCCAGUGGCUGGGCGUGAUGCCAGCCAAGGAUGGCAUGGGCACCGCCAACACGGCGCUGGCGUUCCACGCUGGGCGCCUGCUGGCGCUGCAAGAGGCCGACCUGCCGUACAGCCUGCGCAUCGCGUGCAGCGGGCUGGUGGAGACCGUGGGGCGUGUGACCUUUGGCGGCCAGGUGCAGCACGCCUUCACGGCGCACCCAAAGAGGGACCCCGAGACGGGGGAGCUCUUCUACUUCGGUUACAGCGUGGAGAGGAAGCCGUACUGCUGGUACGGCUGGCUGGACGCGGCAGGCGGGGUGGUGCGCGACCUCCCGGUGCCGCUGCCCGAGCCCGUCCUCAUGCACGACUUUGCCCUCACCGCCCGACACGCGCUGCUUCUGGAUGUGCCGUUGGUGUUCGACCCACAGGCAGGUGGCGGCACGCUGCCGUUUGUGCUCAAGAAGCGGCCGCUGAGGAUCGGGGUGCUGCCUCGCUACGCCGAGUCGGCCAAGAGCAUCCGCUGGUUUGAGACGGAGAGCGCCCACUGCUUUCAUGUGGCCAAUGCCUGGGAGGAGGGCGCCACCAUCCGCCUCCACCUCUGCCCCGCCAAGCACUUCAGCCUGGACAGCUUCCACGCAGGCGACGACGCCUGGCCGCACCUGUGUGAGGUGGUGCUGGAUCUGGAGGCAGGCACCUGCACCGGCCUGCGCCGCCUCUGCCCCCUGCCCUGCGAGUUCCCAGUGGUGCCUGCCAGCCUGCUAGGCCGCCCCACGCGCUACGCCUACAUCAGCACGUUUGAGGAGGGGAGGGGCGGGCUGCCUGUGUUCAGCGGCAUCGCAAAGGUGGACCUGCAGGCCCCUGGAGAGAACCGCGGGCUGGUGGGCACCAUCCAGCACGUCGGGCGGCGCCUGGGCGGCGAGGCCUACUUUGUGCCAAAGCCGGCGCCGGGCAGCGGCAGCGCUGCCGGCAACGGCACUGCUGCCAGCCACCGCGCCAGUCGGGUUGGGCAGGCAGAGGACGACGGCUACCUGAUGACAUUUGUGGUUGAUGAGGGCAGCGGGGCAAGCGAGCUGGUGGUGUAUGAUUCGGCCAGCAUGAGCGACGUCCCCGUGGUUCGCCUGGCGGCGCCCCAGCGCAUCCCGCUGGGCUUCCACUCCACCUGGGUGACCGGUGCAGAGCUGCAGGCGCAGGGAAGGGCAGAGGAGGCUGUGCAUGCAUGA